AUGCGUUCUUACCCAGUCUAUGGGGUGGCGACAGACGAAGCCGUGUGGUCUCUCAAUGAAGAGGCGAUUCCCCGAGCCGUGUCGCACCACUCGGUGACGACUCCAGUCAUGUACGCGACGCCGGCAAGUCGCAACGUCACUCAACAUCCAGCCAACAUGCGCUCGUCGUACGCCGCCUAUCCUUCCCACACGACCGUCGUCCAAUCAACCACCAAAUCCAUGCCGGAUGCUGACAUUUAUCGGUUCAUAAUUUUUUUUUUCUGAAGUUUUUUUUUGGAAAAAGUUGAGGGUCUUUUCAAACUCAAUAAUCUAAGUAAUUUGAAAUGGACUCUUUCUUGUUCUUCUUUUUUUUUUUUAAUUGUCUGCCUCUUGUAGGAAAACUUUCUUUUUCUGUGAUGAGACUCAAUACGAUUCGGCCAUAAACUGUUAGAGCGUGAAAGGCUUCAGAGUCGGAAUCUACGGGUGGAGGAAACGACUCUUGUACAUAUUCAUAUUGGUUCUCACGAUUGUCAUAAUUUUCAACGUGGCUCUCACAGUUUGGAUUGUCACUGUUCUCGAUUUUUCCACGGUAACCCUUUUUUGUGCACUUGCACGUUUUUAAAUUUCAACUUCUCGUGCAGGAAGGAAUCGGAGCUCUCAAGAUUGAGCAAGAAGGCAUUAGAGUACAAGGCAGAGCCCAAUUCGACAGGCCAGUUCAUUUUUCCGAACUCAGCACGCUGCGGGUCAGCCUUGACAUAUCCUUGAAAAUAAAUGUUUGUUCCACAUUUUGCAGGAUGAAACAAUGACGAUAGACUCCUUCAAGGGAAUCAACCUCCAAGCACGCAACUCGACCGGAUCCAUCUCGUCAAGACUAAGUCUUUUGCCAGAAGGAAAGGCACAGAUCAUUUGCGACCGCUUCGAGGUUGGUAUUCUCUUUCUUGCAACUUUUUUUCAAAAAAAGAAACUGCUUUUUGUAGGUGUUCGACGAGGACAGCAAGUUACUCUUCUUUGCCGAUUCCGACGAGUUGGGGCUCAAACUGGAAAAUUUGAGAAUCCUCGGUAAGUAUGCUAUAAUUUUUUAAAAAAAUUAUUUCCUUUUCUGGAAAAAAAUUUAUUUUUUUCCCCAAAAAUUGAAAAAACCGGAUUUGCUUCAUUUUGUAGAAUGAAUAAGAUACAAAAACACAUUUUUUUUUUCCAAAUUUCAGAUGACGGAGGAAGUGUUUUCGAAGGAGCUAUUCAAACGGCAAUCAUAAGGCCACAGCCCGAUACUCCGUUGAGGUUCAGUUUUUUUUUUUCCGUCAUUCGAAUCGAAAGACAAGAGGUGUCACCAAGAUUUUCCAGACUAGAAUCUCCAACAAGAAGCGUUUCCGUCGACGCCGCGCAAGACAUUGAACUGCUAGCUGCGGCCGGGGAAGUCAACGUCAACUCGCUGCUCGACGUGGCCAUCUCUUCCAAAACGGUACGCUUGUCACCUUGUAACUGUCAAACGAAAAACGGUUCGCCUCGAUUGAUGGAAAAAAAAAUGUUUUUUUCAAAGAUAAAGUAGUACAGGGCGAGAUUCGACUGGAGUCGGCGUCCAUCUUUAUGGAAAAGCUGCACAGAGCCGACGGGAGAGGCACGCCUCAGAUGCAGCUUUGCGUGUGCCACAACGGCAAACUCUUCUUGGCGGCUCCGGGAGCCGACUGUCGAGCGGACAGGGACAUUUGCUCAUGA